CUCCUCUGGCUCUGCACCCUGGAGAUGGCAGCAGCCAAGGUCGCAGUGGUUGGUGCUGGAGUCAUUGGCCUGUCCACAGCCCAGUGCAUCAUGGAGACCUGUCCUGGCUGCUCCCUCACUGUCCUCUCAGACCAGUUCAGCCCCAACACAACGAGUGACGUGGCAGCUGGGAUGCUCAUCCCUCACACCUGCCCAGGCACACCCCCCCACCUGCAGAAGCAGUGGUUCAGAGAGACCUUCACGUACCUUUUUGCCAUCAGCAGCUCAGCAGAGGCCUCAGAGGCUGGUGUCCACCUGGUCUCUGGAUGGCAAGUCUUUAAAAACCCUCCCAAGGAAGAGCUGCCUUUCUGGUCAGAUGUUGUCCUGGGAUUUCGACCCAUGUCUCAAGCAGAACUCCAGAAGUUUCCUCAGCACCAGUUUGGUCAGGCCUUCACAACACUGAAAUGUGAUUGUCCCCCCUACCUGCUGUGGCUGGAGAAAAGGUUGAAAGCAGCUGGUGUCCAGAUGCAGACCAGGAAAGUUGCAGCCCUGUGGGAGCUGAGCAGUGAAUACAACGUUGUUGUCAACUGUGCAGGCAUUGGAGCCCACCAGCUGGUGGGGGAUGAGAAGCUCUUCCCCAUCAGGGGACAAGUACUCCAGGUUGAUGCUCCUUGGGUGAAAAACUUCAUCCGUGAUGGGGAUGGUUUAACCUACAUCUACCCAGGGAUACACAGGGUGACCCUGGGGGGAACCAGGGAAAAGGACAACUGGAAUCUGUCUCCUGAUCCUGGGGCUGCCAAAGACAUCUUGGAGAGGUGCUGCUCCCUUGAGCCCUCCCUGCGAGGGGCUCAGGAGAUCAAGGUGAAGGUGGGUCUGAGGCCAGCCAGGCAGGGUGUGAGGCUGCAGAGAGAGGUCUUGAGCCAAGGAGGAGUUAAGCUCCUGGUGGUCCACAACUAUGGGCAUGGGGCAGGUGGCUUUUCAGUGCACAGGGGCACAGCCAAAGAGGCUGCUCGCCUGGUGGGAGAAUGCAUUGCUGCCCUGCAGGACUCCUCGUCCAGGGCCAAGCUUUGA